AUGAGCGGCGGUCAGCGGCUGGCGCUGGGCGGGCCGGGCCCCUGGGGCUUCCGCCUGGUGGGCGGCAAGGACUUCGAGCAGCCCCUCACCGUCUCCAGGGUGACCCCGGGCAGCAAAGCGGCUAUGGCCAAUCUGUGCAUCGGAGACAUCAUAAUGUCCAUUGAUGGGGAGAGCACGGAGGGCAUGACUCACCUUGAGGCCCAAAACAAAAUCAAGGGCUGCGUGGAGGAGAUGGUGCUUACAGUGAGCAGAACUGAAUCGAAAAUCUGGUCUCCCCUGGUUACGGAAGAAGGGAAAACCAAUCCGUACAAGAUGAACUUGGCGUCCCAGCAACAGGAAAUAAGGCAGAUAGGAAGCGCACAUAACCGGAGCGCCAUGCCUUUCACUGCUGCCACUGCUUCCAGCACCGCGCCCAAAGUCAUCACGUCUCAGUACAACAGCCCAGCAGGUCUGUACUCAUCCGAAAACAUACAAACCUUCAAUGAUGCCGUGGAGGCGAAGUCAUCCUCAAGUAACCAAGAACCCGCCAAGAAUUUGGACCAACUUCCUCAGCCUUCCAGCAAUUUAGUAAUUGACAAGGAUUCUGAAGUUUACAAGAUGUUGCAGGAAAAUCAAGAGUCCAACGAGCCGCCUCGACAAUCCACCUCGUUCCUGGUUUUACAAGAAAUUUUAGAAACGGGAGAACAAGGAGAUCCCGAGAAGCCGUCUGGAUUUAGAAGUGUCAAAGCGCCGACCACCAAAGUAGCAGCGUCAAUCGGAAAUGCUCAGAAGCUGCCCAUUUGCGAUAAGUGCGGUUCUGGCAUCGUAGGUGUGUUUGUGAAGCUCCGAGACAAACAUCGCCACCCUGAAUGCUAUGUGUGCAGCGACUGUGGAACCAACCUCAAGCAGAAAGGGCACUUCUUUGUGGAGGACCGCAUCUACUGCGAGAAGCACGCCCGGGAACGGGUCACCCCACCUGAGGGAUAUGAUGUGGUCACUGUAUUUCCACAGUGAAACGGGUGGUUCG